CGUGGAAAGUUAUUUGCCUGCGAAUCAAAAGACUUUUUCUGACCACAGCUGCAGUGAGAGCCACUAGAAGAGAGCACGGAGACGAGAGAGGGAGGCACAUUUACAGGAGGACCACAUCUCUCUCAUGCACUCCAUCACCUGGACGCUCUGCAGCAGACAGACCGCUCAUUCAUCGGAGACUCAGCAGCCCUGAUAGCAAAUAUAAUCAAACACUUAGAGGACAUGAAGACCGGCAAGAAAUCCUUCAUAGCUUUCAUCAAGGAGAGGAAAAUGGGGUUGAAUGACUUCAUCCAGAAGCUGGUGUCUACCCCACAUAUCUGCCAACAUGUUGAAGUGAACAACUUCCUGAAGAUUGACGAGAAUCAAAACGAGGAUAAUGAUGAACUUCCUGAUAGUCCGUGCCUACAUUCACGGACUUCACUAGCCGAGGAGACUCAGAUCAAACCCUGUGAUUUUGACUACCUCAGAAUCAUCGGCAAAGGCAGCUUUGGCAAGGUUCUGCUGGCUCGACACAAGGAGUCUACCAAAUAUUAUGCUGUCAAAGUACUUCAGAAGAAAAUCAUCAUGAAGAAGAAAGAGCAAAAGCACAUCAUGGCUGAGCGCAGCGUGCUGAUGAAGAACAUCAAGCAUCCCUUCCUGGUGGGGCUGCACUACUCCUUCCAGACUACUGACAAGCUCUACUUUGUACUCGACUACGUCAACGGUGGAGAGCUGUUCUAUCAUCUCCAGAGGGAGAGGAUCUUCCUGGAGCCCAGAGCGAGGUUUUACGCUGCUGAAAUUGCAAGUGCACUUGGCUACCUCCACUCCCUGCACAUUGUGUACAGAGACCUGAAGCCUGAAAACAUCCUGUUAGACUCACAGGGCCAUAUUGUCCUCACAGACUUUGGCCUUUGCAAAGAAGGAGUUGAGGCCAACGGUACAACAACAACCUUCUGUGGGACGCCAGAGUACUUGGCUCCUGAGGUUCUUCAGAAACAGGCGUAUGACCGCACAGUGGACUGGUGGUGUCUUGGAUCGGUGCUCUACGAGAUGCUUUAUGGACUUCCCCCGUUCUACAGUCGCAACACAGCUGAGAUGUACAACAACAUCCUGCACAAGUCUCCUGUGCUGAAGCCCAACGUGUCAAACGCAGGCAGGGAACUGCUCGAGGGGCUCCUGCAGAAGGACCGCACCAAGAGGCUGGGAGUGAAAGACGACUUUCUUGAACUGAAGUACCAUUCCUUCUUCUCGCCAAUAAACUGGGAGGACCUGAUGGCCAAGAAGAUCACGCCUCCAUUCAUCCCCUCAGUGACUGGUCCCACAGACCUCCGACACUUUGACCCCGAGUUCACCCACCUGCCCGUGUCCUCCUCUCUGUGCAACGACACCAUGACUGUGACCAGCAGCGUCAAGGAAGCAGCCGGAGCAUUUCCAGGCUUCUCUUACGGUCCACCUGCAGAUCACUCCUUCAUGUGAAUAGCAACAUCUCCUCCCUUCUGUCCUGGGAACUCACAAGAAAACAGGACACACGCUCUGGAUUAAGAGUCUUAUUUUGACAGAGGGACCACAUCGGAGCAGCCUGUCAUGGGGGGACAUUGCAGAGCCAGAUAAAAAGGAUCUAACUGACAAAAUUGGACAUGAACACCAGAGGGCGGCGGGCAGAUCUCGAGGGAUCUUGUGCAUGAAAAGUGUACAGAUGGGGGGCUCUCAUGUUACAAUACCACUGGCCCUAAUCUUCUGCCUCAACCAUCUAAAACUAUAAUACAUGUGUGCCAAGUCUGGAUGCACCCGGGGGUCAUAAAACAUCACUCACACAGCGACUGGUGAAGUGACAUGAGGAGAAGUGCCUGAGGUUCAAAAGGCAGUUUGGACGGCGGCUGCAGCGUUUGGCAGGAGCCUGUUUUAUCAACAAAAAGAGACAUACAACCGUUUCACUUGUUUUGGACUUUUGACCAGGGCGCUAGCCGUUAAGGUUGAUGCCUUCAUUACACGUCUGCAUAUUUUAAAGCUGUUUUUAUUUUAAAGUUCAUUGUUAUUUUCAUGUAAAUGCUCAAUUGCACUUGAGGAAACAAGGGUCAAGAAAAGUGAAAUGUUCUGCUUUAAGCAUCAGCAAAUUUGGGUUUCGACAGCUUCAUAUCUUCACACCUUUUAUUUCAUAUCUCUGCUUUGGACAAAGAAAUAAUGGCAUUUCAGUAGUCUACACUAAUAGUGAUACUUGGACCAAACAGUUAACUAUGGUAUGCUUUAACACUUUCUUUUUGACCAGUUUGUCCUCAAAAACUGGAGAUCAAACUUUUAUUGUACUGUGUAGAAGAAAAAAAAGUUACAUAUUUUAUUGCAAAACCAAAAGGUUUUCAGUUUUUCAUUAACUGCAAACAUUCACUCUUUACUUUUAGAAAAAAAUCUGCAUAUAUUAUAAAUGUCUCAUAGUCUAUAAAUAUAUUUAUAUAUAUAUGAAUAGAUGAAAUGAAAAAUAUAUUUCCUGUAUGGCGAUCUAUAUUAUUUUCGGUUUUUCCAACUCCUAUUCAUUUUCAACCUGUGACUGUGUUCAUCUAUAUCUGCUGUUUAUAAAAGCUCUAAUUGAUCAGGAGAGUGCGAGUUCAACCAGCAAUAACAGGCCCACAUCAAUGAUAGCACACACUGUAUAUCUAACUCCUUUUAAAUUUAAGUGAUUGCUGUUUUAUUGCAAACACUCCAGACGGACUACAGAAUCUGUGAUUACAAAUGUCUUUUGUAUUUAUGCAUCAUGUAGAGAACUGUGAAUGUCUUGUGCCUGUCCAAGGCGGCCUGAUCCAUAUUUACUGUAUGUACAUAUCUCUUUUCCCGAAACCUCUGAGUCCCUUUUCUAGAAAAUAAUCUGUAAAAAAAAAAAAAAGCUUCAUUAACUUGAAGAAAGAACCACCAGGUGGAGCAGACUCUGGCUUUUCACUAACAGUGUUUAGCCACCGGCUGCUCCAUAACAUGGUUCUGGAAAGUGCAAUAAAAUAUUGCUAAAAUUCAAAAAGAUUAAUUAUCAUUUUAUCUAAGUGUAAUUUAUAAUUUAUGAUCUGAUAUUCAUAGUUAUUAAGAGCAGAUCUUCACUGAAACAGAGAUUGUUCAUGACUUUGAUUUGAUUUGAGUCUCCACAUUUUAGUCAUUUGCAUACAAAGAGUGGAUUUUCAAGCCUGCUGAAAAUAAAAAAGAAGGCAACACACAGUUCUAGAUAAUUUUCUUCCAUAUUUGGAAGCAUUACUUUUUUGUUUUGUAUUUUUUAAUGUAUAUUUAUUUUCAUGCCACUGCUACUGUAUAAAAGAUAAUUUACAUGAUCAAAUGAAAUAUUGAAUUGUGUAAUCUGUGUCAGAAGAAAUGGCGAAUAAAUU